UUUCGGCGAACUAGAACACUUUGGUCGGCCUGCUACAAGCCGUAGCGCUAACGCCGGCAGGUAGUUUGCAAACAUGGCUGUCAACCUAGCGAAGCACAAGGAUGAACUCCUUAGCGCUUGGAAAGAAGUGGUGGAUGAGAACGACGGGACCAACUGGGCCUUGUUUGGUUAUGAUAAGCAGACAUACGACCUUUGCUUGGUUGGAAAAGGAGCUGGGGGCCUCGAGGAGCUGACUGAAGAAUUAAACUGUGGGAAGAUAAUGUACGCAUUCUGCAGGGUGCAAGAUCCCAACACAAGUAUUUCAAAAUUCAUCCUCAUCAACUGGCAAGGUGAAGGAGCACCAUUAGUAAAGAAAGGCUGCUGUGCAAAUCACUUUAUGGAUAUCAGCAAUUUUUUUCGGGGUGCACACAUCACAAUCACAGCAAGAAAUGAGGAUGAUGUGGAUCCUUCACUCAUACUGGACAAGCUUUCUAAGUGCACUGUGUCUUCCUUCAGCCUUAGGGAACGUUCCGACCCAACAGAGAGCUCUAAACCAAUUGGAAGUGUCUACAAGCGCAUACAACCAGCCAGGGAGAUAUCUACGACAGAGAGAGAAAAGUUUUGGAUGAAGGAACAGUGCUCUAUGGGAAUGUGCCUGCUGAUGUCAAGGGGCAGCCACAAAAGGGAGGAAGAGAAGAAACGCAUUGAGGAAGAAAAGCUUAAGGCUGAGGCAACCAGAAAUCGCCUGGCUGAGGAAGUGAAGGAGCGUGAGUUGAAGGAUGCUCGAGCAAGAGAGGAGUGGUUCAAGGAACGAUCACUCUCUAUAGACAAAAUGCGGGAGGCAGAGAAGAACGCCCAGAACUCUUCGCACAACAAAGUGAACAAAAAACUUUGGGAGCAGCAGCUGCAAGAGGACAUACAAGAUGAAGAAGAACGGAAACGCCGGUCGCAGAGUUUGAGGAAUCAGCGGAGUGAGGAAGCACAAGCACUGAUUGCCCAGCGGACCAUCAAUCCAAAGGCCAUGUUUGAACCCACCACGUACUCUGGUACCUAUGCCUCCCAAGCUGCUUGUGCUGAAAAUCAUGCAUCUGCAAACCAUAAUAAUCAUGGGAGCACGGUCUCAAGAGCUGAUGCAUGUGCUAGCCCGCAUGCUAUGCAGAACAAUCGGGAGGCGGCAGUGACAUCGCCUCCGGCUGAGUUCACAUACACACGCAACCAGCUUCAGGACACAGAGUCUACUCGAUCAGAGCCUGAGACUGAGCAGACUCACAAUCAGAGCUGGGAAGCAGGGGGAGCUGCUGGGACCUCUGUGUGUGUAACUGAGGCAGUGGAUGAACACAGCUUUGGCUUGAGUCAAGCGCAGCUGGCAACUGUGGAAAGCAGUGAUCCAGGACUCAAGGCUCGGGCUUUGUAUGACUACCAAGCUGCCGACGACACGGAGAUUUCAUUUGACCCCGAUGACGUCAUCACACACAUUGAACAGAUCGACGAAGGCUGGUGGCAAGGCUUGGGGCCUGAUGGUACCUAUGGUCUUUUCCCUGCCAAUUAUGUGGAGCUCGUUGAAUGAACCAUGUUUUGUGCAGCUGCAAAUACAAUUGUUAAGCUGCUGGCACCCAUCACUGGCGCCUAAGUUUUAUGCACACUAGAUAUAUGCAUUUAUAUACUUGUAGCAUUAAAUGGCAGCAGGUGCGGCACUGUGCAUCUCUUUCUCCAUUACUUUUGAUGGCCAGUGGUGCUGAGUGGAGCUUGUCCGUUUGUUACAAGUGGUCUUUACACUGCAACAUUUUUAUUUAUUUAUUAUUAUUAUUAUUUUUUUUAAUAUUUUUUGUUGUUGGCUGGCAAAUUUUUUGCCAGUCUUCUGUCAGGCUGUUCUUGAGCCUAGUGUGGAUUAGGACUCCAUUAAUGGUAUACUCCAUUAAUGGUAUACUUCUACACUAUAUGCAUGCUACUCCACGUGGCUUGUGCAGCCCUGUAGCAGAAAGUGAAAAGCCAGGAUUUUAUAACUUGAGGAAUGCUAGUCUUUGAUGCUUGCAUAGACAUGCAAAUUUGGUUGAAAUAAAAGGAACAGCAUGGCAGCGGUAUUCUGCUGGUUGCUGAGGAGGCACAGCUUUUCACCUCAAGGCAUGUCUAAAUGUAUGUGCACUCACAUUUUAUUUUGACACUGGAGACAAGGUGUGCACAGUGCUGCACAGUUGCUGUUGAUAUCAGGACUCUGUUUUUGUCAUGCUUGUAGUCUUUGCCAUGCUUCUUCACUGCUGAUUAUAUUCUCAAGAGGUUUUCUUGUACUGGCUACAAAAAGCUAUGGCUUGCAUUUUUGGACUUCCACUCUUAGCUAGUGCUUCCUAUUCGUGUGUCCUUAAAGGGACCCUGAAACGAUUUUGAUGAUUUUGUACAAAUGUACCGAGUUGGUAGGGUAGGUCCUCCUUAUCAUUGAGUGACACAUUUAAGCUCUCCAUGUAAAGCACGUAAUUUAUUAUAAGGUUUUAAAAUGUGCAUCACUACCGAUCACAGUGACGCUGCUUCCCUGUGUUUUCAGCUGCCCCAUCCCGAUUGACGCGUUGUAAGAUUUGGCAGUCGUAGGUGUAGGAAGGAGCUUGACUCUUCGUCGGGCCUUAGGAGAGCAGGAUUUAUUGGCAGGAUUUACAUUUAAAACAUGAGGUACAUCGACAGUCUAGCGUGACUCCCAUAUGGAGCACGCAAGACGACGCAUACAGCAAACAGCUUACGAGCGCACAGCUCACUAGUACAUUUCUAGCAUGACAACGAGCACUCAGCUCCCGCCGACGAGCAACCUCUAGCAGCCGGCAACCGCUGCUUAUAAGCCCUUGGUCCCCCCAUGAGUCCCAGUGGAUGGAAACGUUCGUCCAGUCAUCGUUCGACGUCACCGUUCGACGUCACCGUAGAUGACCCGCCCUUUUAGAGGAGGGCGAGGGCUGUUGGAGGAGGAUGAUGACUCACAUACACGUGCCGCACACACACAGGUGCAAAGGUCUGGAGCCAACGUCAGAGGGCUUCGUAGAACUCUGCUUUGUCCCGGGUGGUGCGGCCGAGUACCACAUUCCUGAGGUGACCGCGCGCCACGUGGCUGCCGGUCAUCCGCAGUUCUCUGAAGUGCGCCCCGUCUGAUGGGAUUGGAACACGUGCAGCGGGCUGAAAGCUGGCACGUUGCCACCCUGUACGGCCAUUCCUAACAGCGUUUGGCCCAACUGACAUCAGUUGGGUGAGCUAUCCGAUUGGCUACCCAGGUUGCAUCAUCGAUAAUUUUUCAAACUUAAUGGUCGACAAAUGUUCGCAAUAGUUGGAAUUUUGGUUAAUUUGUUUCUAUAAAUAAAAGUAGCAGAAAGAGAAUACACAACGAUAAUUUAUCACUACACUCGAGCACUUCUGGCACACCGAAAGUGUUGUCUGCUUGUGUUACAACAUGCUCCAUGUUGACGUGAGCACCAUGGUUUACUCUUGUUGUGUUGUGGGCUGCAAACGUAGCGAUUGGCUAUAUGUCAAGCUGCGACAUCAUGUCCCUCUGCGAGGCAGCAGACGAGCUGAGUGGCUACAGUGCAUCGGACUUUCGGUAUCCAAUCGUUGUCAGGAUCUAUGCGUUCACUGCCAUCACUUCACGCCGGAGGAUUACUACCACAAUAUAGGGUUUUAGCUUGUCAGGUAUUCGGGUAAACAUUAGCGCAAGCAGACUGGGCUUUUUACCAGAUGAGCGGGGGCGCAAAUGUGAACAGCCUGCACGGUGCAGCCAUCUGGUGGCACAGAGCUCAACCAGACAAACACACAGAGCUAAUAUAGCAGUAACCAAAUGUAUUCUACUUUGCUGCUGGUGCAAAUUUUCGGCAGGAACAUAAUCGUGAACACAUCGUCUUUUUAAAUGUUUAAAAUUCUUUACACUUGGUUACAGCAAUAGUAGCUCUGUGUAUGGCUAGUUCAGCUCUGCACUACCAGGUGGCUGCAUCAUGCAGGCUGCUGAUGUUUACGUAAAGUGCCUUUAUCACAGCAGUAAUAGUAUAGAGGGGCUUUAGUUUACGCCUUCUCCCAUCCAUCAAAACGCCCCAUCUACCUGUGGUUACUGGAAUCCCGGACACGCUCAGCGCUGCGACAGAACGUCACAAUUCACACUGCUUGGAUAACUCUCCCAAGGGAUCGACAGCCAGGUGACUACUGGAGAGGCUUCAGGCGCUGGUUCCAAGACAACCCAAAGUAGACGGCACGAUGUCACAUUAUGACGCAGAGCCAGUGAAUGCAGAGCUUAGCCCCGAUCACUCAGAGAAUGAGUUGAGGAGAAACAGCAUGGCUAGGGAGGAGGGUAACUUGUCAUCAUCUGUAGCUCUCUUAAUAUGAGAUGCUUCACUUAAAUUGUGGUGCCAGCAUUUUACUGUAGCUCUACCCUAUACCCUACGCAUCGCCAAAAUUUGUCCAAACCGUUUUGGGGACCCUUUAGGCACACCUGCAAUCCAUUGAAGCUGCACUAGGUGUUCAUAUUAGCUAUACGAUUUGUCAUAGAAUGUUUUCCACGUUUCUUUUUUUUCUUGUGUUCAUGUGCUCUUCAAAGGUGCCAGUAGCAUUUUUGUCUUGCAACAAGUAUGUUCCUUGCAUUUCAAUAAUAAAAAAAGUGAGCCUUGUUGCAAGUGUUCUAUAAAGCUAAGUCAUGUUGAUGAAAGCCAUGUGCUGAGUGUGAGCCACACCUUUUACAGUGAUGGCAUGUGAAAUGUGAAGCCUGCAAGCAGGUCUCAGGAGUAUAUACACUACUAUGUACUAACUGCUGGUUUACCAAAAAGAGAGAGAGAGAGAAUGCAUGGUUGCAAUCCGCUUAUAAUGAUGUUCACAAUACACAAAAGUCCCAUUGUUAUGAACAGUUAUCAUUAUAUCGAGACCAACCAUACAUGCUACCUUCCAGGUACAUCUGUAUGCUUGUGUGAGGGCAGCAACUUUUUCUCUGCGUCUUGAGAAGGUGCAGCUUUAAAAAAGUAUACCUUUGAAGACAGCUCAGUCCUGUGCCUAUAUUGAAGUUGAAGAAUCCACUUGGCAAAAAGGAAACAAGGAACAAAAAGCUUACUUUGUUACUUAAGGAACUAACUAAAUUUGCAUCAUGUACACAUAAAUUCCAAAAUUCAGCUAUCAGUCUGUGACACAUAGUGCAUGUAGACACUUCACAUAUAGUCCUUAGUCCUGUGUGAAAUUGCCUGCCAAAUUGCAGGUGUGCUCACAUGGUGAUCAUCUAUAUACUGAUGCAAACCCAUGGUGUCGGCAUUGUUUCUUUUGCAGUAUAUUUCACUGUCUUACAUUGUACUUGAUUUUCCCCGGAAGUUGUUUAUGAGAAGUAUUCUAAUAGUUGUAUCCAGUAUGCUGCCAUGAUCCCAGCAUCAGGUAUGGUUUGUUUUUUCGUAGAACUAAUAAGAAAAUUGAUAAUGCUGAAGUUACUGAUUGUUAUAAGUGAUGCAUAUUGUUAUUUGUGGUAUCAUUAUGAGUGGAUUACGCUGUAACUUUUUUUCCUCUGGCCACUACUUAAACAGCUUGCACAUUGUACUAUACAUAUUCAAGUUAUUGCCGAAGUUGCUUUUUGUAAUAAACUAGUUCACUAAGAUG